CUGUUUGGGUUGAAAAUUGAAACGCGAUUUUUUCGUAAUUCCAUCUCGCCUUACAAACACAACACCGCACUAAUGGCGAUACAUAUGAUAUGAUUCAUGUGUUACACACUCUCUCUCUCUCCAUCUCGUAUGUUUCAUUACAACUACUACAACUACAUAAAACUUUACGUAUAAUAAUAUUGACACUACGAUAGGGAGACGUAGGUAACGUCGGUGACGGAGGAACAGUGAUAAAAAAACAUGGUUAGUACGACAUUGACGUACAUGCUGGAAAGAAAAAACAAACCGUAAAAAGCAAAACAAAGCAUUGCAGCAGCAAUGGUUGAAAAAACCAAGCCAAGGCACCAAAGCGAACCAAAACCAAAACCUCUUAACUUCGUGUCAUAAUUUCUCUCGUUCUUUUUCAGUUUCCUAGGAUAUGCUGCCACCGUUGGUUAACUCUGCGGCUGCUCUCCGCCGGCGGUGAGAGACCAUGCAAGAGACGCUUCUCACUCUCCCUCUCUCUCACCACCAAGACAUCCACAUUCGGGCCAAGAAGAAAAAGCCGCAGCAGCCGGGAAGCGGACAUAGCAGCAGCAACAGCAGUAGCAGCGGCGGCCACUCCACCACUCGCGUGUCGCGGCGCGUGAGUCCUGUCGGGGAGAAGUCUCUGCCCAACGGAGACAUCUACAGCGGCACUCUGUCGGGGAACGCGCCGCACGGCACCGGGAAGUACCUCUGGUCCGAUGGGUGCAUGUACGAGGGGGAGUGGCGAAAGGGGAAAGCUUGUGGCAAGGGGAGGUUCUCGUGGCCCUCCGGCGCCACCUACGAGGGGGAAUUCAAGUCGGGUCGGAUAGACGGGUUCGGAUCCUUCAUCGGCGUCGACGGCGACAUGUACAGAGGGUCCUGGAUGGCCGAUAGAAAGCACGGGUUCGGCGAGAAACGAUACGCUAAUGGGGAUGUGUAUGAAGGUUGGUGGAGGUGCAACUUGCAGGAGGGGGAGGGGAGGUACACAUGGCGGAACGGCAACGAGUACGUGGGGGAGUGGAGGGGUGGUGUGAUUUCGGGGAAGGGUGUUCUGGUGUGGGCGAAUGGGAACCGUUACGAGGGGUUUUGGGAGAAUGGUGUGCCUGUGGGGAAGGGUGUUUUCACGUGGUGUGAUGGGAGCACGUGCGCGGGGAACUGGGGGAAGGAGUUUAUGGAAGAGGCACGUGAGGAGAAGAUGAAGAGGAGUUCUGUGGAUGGGUGUAGGAGUGUGAGCUUUCCCAGGAUUUGUAUUUGGGAGUUGGAUGGAGAAGCUGGGGACAUCACCUGUGACAUUGUUCACAAUGCUGAGGCUUCUCUGUUCUACAGGGAUGGCACUACUGCCAGUGAGUCUGAGAACGGUGGAGAUGAUAUUAUUAUCAAUAAUAAUAAUGGGUGUGGGGUUUUGCAGAAGAGUCCUUGUUGGUCUCUUGAUGGUUCUGGUGGUGAGGUUAAGAAGCCUGGUCAAACUGUGUCCAGAGGGCACAAGAAUUAUGAUCUCAUCCUUAAUCUUCAACUGGGUAUCAGAUACACUGUUGCCAAGCAUGCUUCUAUAGUGAGAGAGCUUAGACCAGGGGAUUUUGAUCCCAAGGAGAAGUUCUGGACGAGGUUCCCACCUGAAGGGUCUAGGUUUACGCCCCAGCAUCAUUCAGUGGACUUCAGGUGGAAAGACUACUGCCCCAUGGUGUUCAGACAUCUAAGGGAAUUAUUUGCCAUAGAUCCUGCGGAUUACGUGCUUGCUAUUUGCGGAAGUGACUCACUUAGGGAGAUGUCUUCUCCGGGAAAAAGUGGAAGCAUCUUUUAUCUCACUCAAGACGACCGCUUCAUAAUUAAGACUGUCAAGAAGUCUGAAGUCAAGGUGCUCAUUAGGAUGCUUCCAAGCUACUACCAACAUGUUUGUCAGUACAAAAAUUCCUUGGUGACUGCAUUCCUGGGCGUGCAUUGUGUCAAACCUGUUGGAGGUCAAAAGACCCGGUUUAUUGUAAUGGGCAAUGUGUUUUGCUCCGAGUACCGGAUCCACAAGAGAUUUGACCUCAAAGGUUCUUCUCAUGGUCGAACAACGGAUAAGCCAAGGGAGGAGAUUGAUGAGACUACCACUCUCAAAGACCUUGAUCUUAAUUUUGUCUUUCGCCUGGAACAGUCUUGGUUUCAAGAGCUUAUACGGCAAGUCGAUAGAGACUGUGAGUUCUUGGAAGCAGAGGGAAUCAUGGAUUACAGUCUUCUAAUUGGCCUGCAUUUUCGUGAUGAUUGCUCGGUUGAUGAAAUGAAAAGUUCACCACGCAAUUCAUAUUCGGGCAAGAGAGACAUGCUUGACGAUGAAAUGCUCACAUGCCGGGGACCUCUGAUCCGGCUGGGAAUGAACAUGCCUGCCAGAGCCGAGAGUGUGUGUAAGGGUGGAUUGGAUCAGGCAGCGGGUAGUGGAAGUGGCAAUUCAUGUUGUAUCCCUUCAGAGAGUAACAACAACAACAGGCAGAUAUCUGAUGUAAUCCUCUACUUUGGUAUCAUUGACAUUCUCCAAGACUAUGAUAUAAGCAAAAAGAUAGAACAUGCAUACAAGUCGUUACAAGUGGACUCCACCUCUAUCUCAGCUGUUGAUCCCAAGCUGUACUCCAAAAGGUUCAGGGAUUUCAUACACAGAAUCUUUGUGGAGGAUAAAUGAGCAAUGAUGUUCUUGGAGGCAAAGGAUCUGGCUUGCUAAGAUGACAUUCCAUGCACAAGGGAAUGCUUAAUUUUCCAUAGAUGGACUGGAAUUCAUUAUGGUUGUUGAUGGCUAAAUUUUUCUCAUAGCCAUUGCAAAGAUAAUGGUUGAAAAUUGAAAGGGACGGGGGGAGAGGACUUUGGACAGGAAUGACACUUAUUUUUCACUUUUGUUGGGAAGGGAGAGAGAGAUUGUCACAGUAGCUUGUACAGGGCAUGUGAUAAGAGUUCUUUAUUUGGAUUGCUUUUGUUAUGGAUGUAGACAUUGUGGGGUGUGGAGAGAGAUUGAAAUUGAGGCGGAGGGGGGGUUAAUAACUGUACAGACAGUCAAAAGAUUGAUAAUAGAAUUGAAUUGAACAUAGAUUUUUGGUUGGAGGACCGAAAAAGAGAUGGUAUACCUGUUGAGCAAGAAAGAAAAGUUCCCAGAGGGACCCCCCUUGGUGGCCCUCACUCUCUCUCUUUCUGUCUCUGUGAUGUGCGUUCAAACGGGUUUUUUUAAAACUUUUUUCAGUAGUAAUAUGCAUAAAAAGAAGAGAAAAGCAGAAGAGAGAAAGGAAGAGGUGGGUGUUUCGUUGGUUGUUGAUGGAUGUCCCUUGCAAAAACGAAGUUUGAAAAAGCAGAAUAACAAUAAUACAGUGUUAUGGUAAUGUCCCUUUUACUUGUUUUGAACAAUACACAGAGAAGGAUGGAAAGAAGACGACAAAACAAUCACGUCAAUGUGGACCCUUUGUGGCAUCUGAUAGGUAUUUAUGCAUGUUAUGCCUCAGCAUUUUAAUAAUGAGAAAAAUGAUGGAACUUGGCAGAGAAGUCUCCGCUUCACUCAAUCACUGACCCCACAAAGACCAAAAAAAUAGCGAUUUUGAUAUGUAUCUCAUGUGGUCAAAUCAGAGCGAGGAAGAGAGAAUAGUGGAUUUUGUGUUGGCAUUGAGAUCCUAAUGCUGCAGCUGCUGCUUCUGCUGCUGCUAUGAUUUGGCAGUUUUUGAGCGUGACCAUGUCCUUUGUCCGACACCACUGCUAGUGAAACAUCCUUGUAAUUGUAGAAUAGUCAUUAUACUCAAUCUGCCACUGUCUAUUGCCUACCUGGUAUCUCUUGUUCGUUUCCUAUUUCUUCUCAAAACACUCACAAAUUCAUCAUUUUUCAUUCA